CUAGUCCAACCAGAGACUUGAGCCAUGUCUAAUGUAUAUGCUUGCAUGUGGUGCUUCUUCCUUGUCGUGCUAAAUCCGGUGAGCCUCGCCCUUGAUGCCACCAACAGCAGUGGUGCGGCUGGAUUCAGCCUGCCCCUGGUGCCCUAUUACCGCACUACAGCCGGCGUACUCGAGGAGCUCCUGCCGGAAGGUGAUGCCGAGGGCGGCGUGAACAUCACGUCCAUCCGCCCCAAGAUGAUCCCAUAUUCGGGGGGCAUCUACAGCGUCCGUGUCGGCAUCGGCAGCGGCGGAACCCAACACUUCUACAAGCUCGCGCUGGACCUCGUCCGCCCACUAACAUGGAUGCAGUGCAAGCCCUGCGUACCGGAGAAGAGGCAGGACGGCUCCGUUUUCAACACCGCCGCCUCCCCUCACUACCACCACAUCGCGUCCACAGACCCUCGCUGCAUGGCUCCGUACACGCGCGCCGGCCAGGGUCGGUGCACCUUCGACGUCAAGUUCCAGUACGGUGACUCAAGAGCGCGUGGCGUCCUUGGCAGCGACGACUUCGUCUUCGACGGCAGCGGCCCCGGCAGCCCCAUCAGCAGCGUCAACGGCCUUGUCUUCGGUUGUGCGCACAACACGCAUGAUUUCUACAACCACGAUCUCUGGGCCGGCGUCAUGAGCCUCAACAGGCACCCGACCUCCUUCAUCCGGCAGCUCUCGGCCCGCGGCCUCGCCGCCCCGCGCUUCUCCUAUUGCCUCGCCAGCAGGCAGCACCGUGACCGCCGUGGCUUCCUUCGAUUUGGAGCUGACAUCCCGGACCAGUCGCAUGCACGGAGCACGCCGCUGCUGCACGGGGACCUCGCCCAGGGAGGAGGCAUGUACUACGUCGGCGUCGUCGGCGUUAGCCUGGGCGGCCGAAGGCUCACAGCGAUCACGCCGGUGAUGUUUGAACUCAACCGGCGUAGCCUCCGCGGCGGGUGCAUCAUCGACGUCGGGACGUCGCUCACCUUGAUGGCCACGGCACCGUACCAUGUCCUGGUGGCUGAGUUGAUUGCGCACAUGAGGAGCCGCGGGGUGCAGCAUGCCAUUUUUUCCCCAGGGCAGAAGCACUGCUUCCGCGGGAAGUGGGAAAGUAUCCACAGACACUUGCCGAGUGUGACGCUCCACUUCCAGUUCCACCCGGAAUCGGUCGCGCUCUUUAUUAGGCCGGAGCUGUUGUUUGUGGCGAUGACGGGCGAGCGCACUGACUAUGUGUGCCUCGCCAUCGUGCCCUACGCAGAGAGGACGAUUAUAGGCGCGGGGCAGAUGCUGGACACGCGCUUCACGUUUGACCUCCAACAAAAUCGCCUCUUCUUUGCUCCGGAGCAGUGCCAUCUAGACACUAGCGCAGUUAGCUAGCUAACAGCUACAUCCCCAUAUUAUAGGUUCGCGCAAGACUUGCGUGAAAGUAAUGAAUAAAUGUUUUUUCAA